ACCAAAUUUACGAGGGUCACCGAAUGCGUCGUGACGCGCCUCUGACGACGAGGACGGACGGAAGCGAUGCGGCUCGCGUCCGUUGAUCCCCUUAAAUCCGUCUCGAUGAUGCAAAUUGUCUCUGAACCUGAUCACGCCACGGUGACGCCCGCGUGAAACUCCCCUUGCGUCGUCGUUAAUAUUUGUCCCCGCAGUGCACAGAGACAUGGAUCCGUCCCGGAGGAGCGAGAGUGACUGGCAGGGGCUGGUCAACGAGUUCCUGAUUUGUAAGCGUAAGUUGGAGAGUAAAAAAGAAGCGCUCCUCAUUCUGUCCAAAGAGCUGGACACGUGCCAGCAGGAGAGGGAUCAGUACAAGCUGAUGGCCAACCAGCUACGUGAGCGACACCAAGGACUUAAGAAGAAAUACAGGGAGCUCAUAGAUGGAGAUCCCUCACUGCCUCCUGAGAAAAGGAAUCAAGUAAAUUUAGCACAGUUGCUGAGAGACUCUAGAGAGAAAAGCUGUCAACUUUCUGACGAGGUGAAGGAGCUGAAACAACGACUGGUGGAAGCUCAAGGGGACAAUAAGCUUCUACGAAUGACAAUCACCAAACAGAGGCUGGGCGACGAGGAGGUCGGCACCCGACACUUUCCCGCUCAUGAACGGGAGGAUCUGGUCAAGCAGUUGGAACGAGCCGGAGAGCAGAACGAGGUCUUGGAGCAAAGCGCAAAGUCGCUCACGGACGAGCUUCAGGACGUACGAGCAGAGCGGGACGUGUUUCAGCAGAAGGCUCAUCGACUCAACGUGGAAAUGAACCACAUCCUCGGCAACGAUGAGAUCCGCAUGUUGGACGUAGAUGCGCUCUGCAUGGAGAACAGGUAUUUGCAUGAACGGUUCUGUCAACUUCAAGAAGAAGUCAGCUUGCUCAAAGCAAACCUGGUGAAGUACAAGAGUGCUCUGGACUGCAGGAAAACCUCUAAAUUCUGUGGGAAACCCAACAGCAGUGCACUGACUGGGGUGCUCUCCGCUAAACAAGUGAAGGAGUUGUUGCUGUCUGAGGAAAACAGCUGCAGUUUGCCGGUGACUCCUCAGUCCAUUUCGGACCUCAAGUCGCUCGCCACGGCUCUGCUGGAAACCAUCCAUGAGAAGAACAUGGUGAUCCAGCACCAACGCCAAAUCAACAAGAUUCUUGGAAAUCGAGUAGGAGAGUUGGAGAAGAAACUAAAAACGUUAGAAAUGUCUGGAUUAUGGAGCCUGCCAGGCCUGACUUAUAAUGUGUCUCUGGGAAUAUUUGGAAGAGGAAAAGACACCAUCGUCCUGAAUACUCAGCAGGCUGAGACGAGGGAGGGUCUUGGGCAGGACGGUGACGAACUGUCAGAAAAAAUAGUCGUCGUUCAGCAGAGCUCCCCAGGGGUCCCGGUCCAAGAGAGCGGCCCGCCAGCCGGGUCGAGUGAGCGAGGGAGGCUUCUCGAGGAGACGCCGUCACCGUCCAGCGAGGAGACGUGCCGGCCGGAUCUCUCGUACCAGUCGGCGGAGGAAGAGGCAGUCCGCCCUCAAACAGAAACGCCGGACGGCGAGGAGGUUCGGGACGGCGGCCAAUCACAGGCCGCAACUGAUCCAACGAGUCGCCGGUCCGAAGAGGGGGAGUGUGCAAGUGAUUGGUCCUCCAAAGAGCGUCCAUCGGACCGGGGCCACGUAGAGCAAACUUCAGAGGACACCCAGCCUGCCGGGGGAGGAGGGGAACAGACGGAUGAUUGCAAUGAAGGGGGGGGAGCCGAGAUUAUUCUAACAGAGGCCAACGUGAACGGCACAAUGGACAUUGUUGCCUCCGCAGGUUCUGAUGAAGAGCAGAAGGACGUCCAAUCAAACCAGGAGGAGCAGCUUCCAGAUGGGACAGAUGUUGUGUGUUAGUCAGGUCAAUUGUUGCACAGCAUCGGGGGAAAAUCAAUGUCGAUUUUGCCUGUUGAGUUGUUGCGAUUGGCAGACGGUGUUAAUACCGGAUGCCGACAGAUAUUUACCACAAGUAUUAUCCAAACCAAUUAUUAGCACACAUGAUUUUUCUUUUUUUAAUUAACAUACAUUCGUCAUGACAAACCUAAAACAAUAUAAGCCCAUCAUCUGUCAGGGACUGGUUAUGUAAUUUACGUCUAAAGAAUGUCUGAAACCAUUUGCGAUUGUUGUACAUAUAUUCUGCUAUAAAAGUAAUGGAAUAGUUUUUCCACAGCAAAAAAA